UACAGCAUGGCCCAAACAGAGAAGAAAGGUGGGCUGCUCCGGAAAUCCUCAGCCUCCAAGAAGCCAUUGAAGGAGAAAGUUGUUUUGAUGUAUGAUGAGAUUUUCACGACAGAGGACCCCAGUAAAUGCAACCCUAGGUUUUGGGAGGAGCUGUUUCUCAUGAAGGUCAACUUGGAAUAUCUAGAAGGCAAGCUGGAGGCUCUGGAUGGGGAAGAGUUGAUGAAGAUAAAAGAUAACAUCAACUGCUUGUUUCAGCACUGCAUCCAGGCACUGGGUGAGGAGCACCCAAUCAGAGUGGUCAAUGCAUUACAGACUUUGUGUGCAUUGAUUCGAGGAGUCCAUCAGAAGAACAAAUCCACUUCUGGUUUUGACAUCAUCAACAUGCUUGUGGGUUUUGAUAAGGCAGAGUUAUGCAUGAAGAAUCUGAUGGAGAGCUUGGACUCGCUCCUCUGUGCAGAAGGUUCUGAAAGCCUCAAAAGCUUGUGUCUGAAGCUACUUCUCUGCUUGGUGACGGUGACAGAUAACAUUAGCCAGAACACCAUCCUGGAGUAUGUGAUGAUUAAUAGCAUAUUUGAAGCUAUUUUACAGAUCCUGUCCAGCCCACUUAGUCGCAGGGAACAUGGCUAUGAUGCUGUUGUCCUUCUUGCCUUGCUGGUCAACUACAGAAAGUAUGAGUCGGUGAAUCCCUACAUUGUGAAGCUCUCCAUUGUAGAUGACGAGGCCACACUCAAUGGAAUGGGACUUGUAAUUGCCCAGGCUUUAUCAGAAUAUAACAGGCAAUACAAAGAUAAGGAAGAGGAGCACCAGAGUGGUUUUUUCUCAGCCCUAACUAAUAUGGUGGGCAGCAUGUUCAUAGCAGAUGCUGAUGAGAAGAUCUCAGUCCAAACGAACGAAGCAAUCCUUCUGGCCCUCUAUGAAGCUGUUCACUUAAACCGGAAUUUCAUCACAGUUCUGGCACAAAGCCAUCCUGAAAUGGGGCUGAUGACAACACCGACAAGCCCAAUUCCGACGACACCUGUCACUCCACUUGGAACCACCCCGCCUUCUUCAGAUGUUAUAAGCUCUGCAGAGCUGCCUUUGGAUGCUGAUGUGCAAACUAGCAACCUGCUGAUAACCUUCUUGAAGUACAGCUCGAUUGUGAUGCAGGACACAAAAGAUGAGCACCGGCUGCACAGUGGCAAGCUGUGUCUGAUUAUCCUGACGUGCAUAGCAGAGGAUCAGUAUGCUAACGCUUUUCUCCAUGAUGACAACAUGAAUUUUCGAGUAAACCUACACAGGAUGCCAAUGAGACAUAGGAAGAAAGCAGCAGACAAGAACCUGCCCUGUCGCCCGCUGGUGUGUGCGGUGCUUGAUUUGAUGGUGGAAUUCAUUGUAACACACAUGAUGAAAGAAUUUCCUAUGGAUCUCUAUGUACGGUGCAUUCAGAUUGUGCACAAACUGCUGUGCUACCAGAAGAAAUGCAGAGUGAGGCUUCAUUACACCUGGAGGGAGCUCUGGUCAGCUUUGAUCAACUUGUUGAAGUUCCUCAUGUCUAAUGAGACUGUGUUGCUGGCCAAGCACAACAUCUUCACCCUUGCUCUUAUGGUUGUGAAUCUGUUCAACAUGUUCAUCACUUACGGAGACACCUUUCUCCCCACCCCCAGCAGCUAUGAUGAGCUGUAUUAUGAAAUCAUUCGGAUGCAUCAGAAUUUUGACAACCUUUAUUCUAUGGUUCUAAGGCUUUCUACCAAUGCUGGUCAAUGGAAAGAGCCUGCAAGCAAGGUGACCCACGCAUUAGUCAAUAUUAGAGCCAUCAUCAAUCACUUCAACCCGAAGAUAGAGUCUUACGCUGCAGUGAAUCACAUAUCGCAGCUCUCCGAGGAUCAGGUUUUGGAAGUGGUACGUUCCAACUACGACACGCUGACCCUGAAACUGCAGGAUGGACUGGACCAGUACGAGCGCUACUCAGAGCAGCAUAAAGAGGCUGCCUUCUUCAAAGAGCUGGUUCGGUCCAUCAGCAUCAAUGUGAGGAAGAACCUUGCUUUCAACACGCUGAGCCAGGAACUGCUGCUGAAGGAAUUCUCCACGAUCUCUUGAAGCAGGGAUGCAGCCACUGCGCAGGGCUGACCAGACGGGCCUGUCUGAGCAGGGACACUACAGAUCUGCAGCCGGUCGCCCCUUGCCUUCCGCCUGCAGAAGGGACUGCAUUUCUUCUAGGGGAGAGCCUUGCUGCUGUGUGUUUGAUCCCGAAGGCAUGUGUUUCAACAGGACUGGGGCAAUCGGCAUGUUGAGGAGGAGGAGGAGGAUGAAGCAAUUUUGUAAGGUGCCAUGGGGGUGGGCAGCCGUUCCUGUGACAUAGCAAUGGGAGAUUCCCUCCGCAGCCUCAGGGAAGAUGCACUGGGAACCUUUGUAGCAGAGCUGGGGAGAGCUCACAACCAAAAUAAUAAAACCAGUCCAGCUGUGUGAG